AUGGCCGCCUCUUCAACGACAUUCUCGCCAUCCGCAACUCGGACAGGGUGGGCGCCCAAGCGGCUCGCACCGUGGCUCAUCCUGCUGCCCCUCCUCCUCACCCUCGUAUCGGCAUCGGCAUCGGCAUCGGCCACGCCCGCCCUCGCACCAUCACCAACGUCGACCCUGCCGCCAUCCAUCGAGAGCAAGCACGGCGGCGGCGGCGACCACCGCCACCACCGGCACACCAGCGCGCACCUGCGCGACGAGUGGAGCAGCAUCAUGGGCUGGGUCUCUAUCGCUUGCUGGGUAAUCGUCUAUACACCUCAGAUGCACCAGAACUACGUCUCCAAGAGCGCAGAGGGGCUCAGCAUCACAUUCAUCGUCAUCUGGCUCGCCGGCGACGCCCUCAACGCCGCCGGCGCCAUGAUGCAGGGCCUCCUCUGGACCAUGGUCAUCCUCGCCCUCUACUACUGCGGGUGUGACUGCGUCCUCAUCUUCCAGUACUGGUACUACAGCAAGUACUACCACCGCGGCCUGCCCAUCGCUACGCUCUCGGCAUCGGUCGAGGCCGACGAGCGCACGCCGCUCAUUGCCGACGGCGCCGUCGUCGAGGACGACCUCGAGGACAAGGACGACGAGUCGGCUUCCAGCUGGCAGCGCGAGGUCGUCCUGUACGGCAUCGCCUUCCUCCUCGUCGUGGCCACGGGCGUCGCCGCGUGGUGGGUGGCCGAAAGGUCGAACUGGAGCAACGAGGGCAAGCACCACGGCGGCAAGCUGCCCGACGACGGCGGCCACGCGGAGGUCGGAUGGAGGUGGGACGCCCAGGCGUACGGCUGGCUCAGCGCCCUGCUCUACCUGACGAGCCGCGUGCCGCAGAUCCUCAAGAACCGCACCACCAAGUGCGAGGGCCUGUCGCUGGCGCUGUUUGUGUUUGCGGUGGCGGGCAACAUCACGUAUGUGGCCUCGAUCCUGCUCAAGUCGACGGAGCGCGAGUACGUGCUCGAGAGCAUGAGCUGGCUUGCUGGCAGCGUGGGCACCAUCCUGCUCGACUUUAUCGUGCUGGGCCAGUUUAUCGCGUACCGCAAGUCGCGCAAGGAGAUCCACCGGCUGCGACGCGCGAGCAUCGUGGCCUCUGCGCACCCGCACCCGCCGGCGGCUUCCGGGUCCGCAUGA